AUGCUACUAGAGAGACCUAUUGCUGGCCCAGAGGCUUCUGCCCUCGGCCAACCUACUACCAAUGUAGCUAAGGCGAGCGGGCGCGAUCUACGGGAGACACAAUAUCGGUAUGAUGCGGAACGCAAGAAACGCCUGCGCCCAGAUGGACCAACCCAAUAUGUGGGCUUGACCGAUGAACCCACCAAUAAUCUUCAUUCGAACGGAAAUAUGGCGAUCGACAACAACCUCCAGCAGAACAAGGCCCGAGUGGUCAUUGUCGGUGCUGGAUUUGGAGGACUGCUCUUCGCGGUACGACUACUCCAGUCGGGAUUUCUUCGUGCGACUGAGAUCCUCUUCGUGGAUACAGCAGGUGGCUUUGGAGGAACGUGGUGGUGGAACAAAUAUCCCGGCUUGGCCUGCGAUAUCGAAAGUUACACUUACAUGCCCUUGCUGGAGGAAACAAAUUACAUGCCGUCACAAAAGUAUGUCACCGGGCCGGAGUUGAGAGAACACGCGAAUCGCAUUGCCGAUCAAUGGAAUCUCAGUGAACGGGCGUUAUUCCAGACCAAGGUCAAUAACUUGGCUUGGAAUGACCAGGAUCGUCAAUGGACAGUCCAUAUCACACCACACAGCCAGUCACCCACUGCAAUACAAUCCGAUUUUGUCAUCUUAGCUACCGGACUGCUCAAUUCCCCAAAACUACCAAAAUUGGACGGCCUCGAGACCUACAAGGGGAAGGUUUUCCACACCUCUCGCUGGGACUAUGAUUACACUGGAGGAAGUCCAAGCAGUCCAACCAUGCAUGGACUACAAGACAAAACAGUUGGAUUUGUCGGAACUGGCGCAUCUGCUGUCCAAGCGAUCCCACACCUUGCCCAGUGGGCAAAGAAAGUGGUUGUGUUCCAGCGCACACCGUCUGCUGUAGAUUGGCAUCACAAUCACUCCACGGAUCGCACCUGGUGGGCGAAAAUGGUCCAAGAAGCAGGCUCUGGGUGGCAACGAGAGCGCAUGGAGAAUUUCAACGCCUUCCCUUCAAACGAGAAUCCCCUCCCAGAUGUCGACCUCGUCGAUGAUGGUUGGACCAAGAUGCAAUCAUUCAGUGUAUUGAUCGGGAGUCCAUCUGGUCUUGACCCGGACCAUCUGACGCGGAUGCAGCAAUUGGAUUUGCAUCGCCAGGAGGCAAUCCGCCAUCGUGUGGAAGCCACAGUGACCGAUCAAACGACUGCUCGGGCUCUGAAGCCGUGGUAUCCCGGGUGGUGCAAACGGCCGUGCUUCAGUGACAACUUUCUCACGGCUUUCAACCAGUCUAAUGUCUCUCUGGUCGACACUAAUGGAAAAGGGAUCCACACCGUUACAAAUCAAGGGAUCUUGGCAAAUAGCCAAGAGUAUGAUUUGGAUGCCAUAAUAUUUGGGACCGGCUACAGUCUUGGAGGUAGUGCCGAUCUUGGGGAUCUGACUGUGACCGGCCGUAACAACCAAUACCUCCAUGAGAAACGGCAGAAUGGGCUGGCUUCACUCCAUGGAGUAAUGACCAGUGGGUUUCCGAACCUAUUCUUUUCGGGUCCAUAUCAAACAGGAGCUUCGGUAAACCAGGUCUAUGUUCUUGAUCAACUUGCCGUUCAUGUGGCCCACAUCAUCUCCGAAGCCGGCAAGUUGACCUCGGAGAGAAACCCAAAUGUUACCGUUCCCGGGUUUACUAUUGAACCUAGCCCUCACUCGGAAGGAGAAUGGACUGUUAAGGUUUUGAUGAGAGCGCGAGCACUGGGGGGUGUUUUAAAUUGCACUCCGUCGUACUACAAUCGGGAAGGACUCCAAGUUGAGGACCAUGAAGCCUUGCAGGUAGCACAAUUCAGUAUCUGGGGGGAGGGGAUUAAGAGUUAUGUGAAAGAGAUUGAGAAUUGGCGACAGAUGGGCGGGUUGGUCGGACUUAAUAUUCAGUCCUGA